UCUGGACAGAUUCAGCUGUGGCAGUUCUUACUGGAGCUCUUGUCGGACAGCCGAAACCUGGCCUGUAUCACCUGGGAGGGUACAAAUGGCGAGUUCAAACUGGUCAACCCCGACGACGUGGCUCGCCGAUGGGGUGAGCGGAAGUCGAAACCCAAUAUGAACUAUGACAAGUUGAGCCGUGCGCUUCGCUAUUACUAUGACAAAAAUAUAAUGAGCAAGGUGAGAUUUCCUCUGAGAGGUGCCUGGAGGUUUUUCCUACGUUCUGGCUACGGUUCGUACAGCAGCCUGUCCCUCCCCUUUGUUAUAACGGUGUUGCCAACGAAGGCAAAGCAUAACGGAGACCAUAACUCUAAUGCCGGAAAUAGGUUAUAG